GAUUUAUGGAAAAACUUACACCCGGGAACUUCUGAAGACUUCUGCGGUCAACUUUUAAUGUGGCGCAUGAAUACAGCGCCACAGUACAGAAACAACUGAGCGCAGUACUUUUAACCUGCGGUCAAAGCCCAAGGACUGACAGGAAUUUGAUCAGGCUCUAGUAGGCAGCAGAGAUUAUCCGAGCAGAUGUCGUUUCCCACCCCACGUAUUGAAACAGUGGGGCCAAUAAUAAUAAACGCUCUCGCACGCAGGCACACUCAGGAGAGAGGCUCUCUGCCCCUGCGCAUCUCUCCUCUUUCCACUUUCUAUCAGACACCGGGGGUCGCAGCUCCAGUCUCGACGACCGAUGUGAACUUUUGACGUUAUUCCGGGGUGCAUCUCUCUCGGUUCCGACAGCAAACGGGGCACCAUGAGCGAGCGAGCCUUGAAAUGGCUCCUGUUCACUUUUUGCCUCACUUUUUGCCUUGACGAAGUAUGGGGACAGAUCCGCUACUCCAUCCCGGAGGAGCUGGAACACGGCGCUUUCGUGGGCAACAUCGCGGAGGACCUGGGCUUGGAUCUGGACAAGCUGUCCAUGCGCAGGUUCCGCAUAGUGUCCGGCUCCAAGAAGCAGUACGUGGAAGUCAACUUGGAGAACGGCGUCCUGUUCGUAAACGAGAGGAUCGACCGAGAGGAACUGUGCGAACUGGGUUUGUCCUGUUCCUUCCACCUGCAGGUUGUGAUAGAAAACCCUCUGGAGCUGUACAGGGUGGAGAUCGAGAUCCUGGACGUGAACGACAACUCUCCGAGCUUCCCCUGGACCGAGAUCAACCUGGACAUCUCAGAAUCUGCUGCGCCCGGAUCGCGUUUCCCUUUGGAGAGCGCGCAGGACCUGGACGUGGGAUCCAACUCGCUGCGCACCUACUUGCUGAGCGUCAACGAGCACUUCCACCUGGACAUCCAGACGCGCAGCGACGGGAGCAAGUUCGCCGAGCUGGUCCUGCAGACCCCGCUGGACCGGGAGCAGCAGAGCGCCCAUCAGAUGGUGCUGACCGCCGUGGACGGAGGGGCACCGGAGAGGUCAGGCACCGCGCAAAUCUACAUCACGGUGUUGGACGCGAACGACAACGCGCCGGUGUUCGACCAGUCGUUUUACAGAGUGAGGCUGGCGGAAAAUGCGCCAAAAGGCACGGUGGUGAUAAAGCUCAACGCCUCGGACCAGGACGAGGGUCCGAACGCGGACAUCGCAUACUCCUUCAGUGGCCACGCGCCCUUAAAGGUGCGCCAGCUGUUCAGCGUGGACCCGCGCACGGGAGAGAUAAAGGUGAAAGGCGUGAUCGACUACGAGAAGGCGAGGAUGCACGAAAUUUACGUGCAGGCGAAAGAUAAGGGUCCCUCCGCCGUGGCGGUCCACUGCAAAGUCCUCGUCAACGUCCUGGACAAGAAUGACAACCUGCCGGAGGUCAUCCUGACCUCGGUGUCCACACCUGUGCAGGAGGACGCGCCGCCCGGGACGGUGAUAGCCGUCAUCAGCGUGAUGGAUAAAGACUCGGGGGAGAAUGGCAACGUGGACUGCGAGAUUCCGCACCACGUUCCUUUCCAACUCCACUGCUCCUUCAAGAACUACUACACAUUAGUGACCUCAGACUUUCUGGACAGAGAGUCUGUGGCAGAUUACAACAUCACCGUCACUGCCAGAGACAUGGGUUCCCCUCCUUUGUUCACAAGGAAAACAAUCAUCGUCCAGGUGUCCGACGUGAACGACAAUGCGCCUCGUUUCAAACAGCCGUCCUACACGGUUUACCUCACCGAGAACAACGCGCCGGGAGCGUCCGUCUGCUCCGUGACCGCAAAGGACCCGGACUCGGGUCAGAAUGCGUACUUAUCGUAUUCUAUUCUGGAGGGAGACAUACAAGGGAUGCCGGUGUCCACGUAUGUGUCCAUAAACUCUGACAGCGGGAACAUUUACGCGCUGCGCUCCUUCGAUCACGAGCAGCUGAAACACUUCCAGGUUACGGUACGGGCUCAGGACGCGGGGUUCCCCCCUCUGAGCAGCAAUGUCUCGGUCAACAUCUUUAUCUUGGACCAAAACGACAACGCGCCCGUGAUCGUGUCCCCCGUUACGCAGAACGGCACCGCGCCGAACGAAAACGUGCCCAGAUCGGUGGACGCGGGCUACCUSGUGGCUAGGAUCAACGCGGCAGACGCGGACGMGGGUCAGAACUCGCGUCUGUUUUAUCAAAUGCUCCAAGCCACGGAUCCCAGCUUGUUCAGCGUGGCUCUGUACACAGGCGAGAUCAGGACGAUGCGCCAGAUAGAGGAGAAAGAGCCCACCAGGCACCGGCUGGUCAUUCUGGUGAAGGACAAUGGUCAGCCGCCCCUCUCGGCCACGGUUUCCAUCAUUUUGUCAGUAGUUGACAGCCUGCCAGAUUUACAGCCUGAUUUGGGUGACCUGUCMCAGAGCCCGCAUCACAGCUCCAGCUUCACCCUGUACUUAAUCAUGGCUCUGGGUGCAGUCUCCUUCACAUUCCUGCUGGCCAUCAUCGUCCUCGUCGCAGCGAGGAGACUUAAGGGCAGAGUGCCCAGCAAGACGUCCGGCCUCCUCUCCGUCGGCGGCUGCUGCGGCUGUUGUUCCCAUUCACAGCUGCCCUCCUCCUCCACCACCACCACCACCUCCACAGAGGUUUUCAAAAAGUCCAACCUGAACGUCCGCAUGUCCGCUGCAGGUGCGUCAGGAUGYGCGGAGGCGAGCGGCGGCGACGGCGGCGCGCACCCGCAGGUGUACUGCUACAAAAUGUGCCUGACCCCGGAGUCAUCCAAAAGUGACUUUUUGUUCCUCAAACCUUGCGGUCCGGUUCUGUCGAUUCAGCAGAACAAYACCAARAGCACGGACUACCUGACCUCAGGUUGGAGCACGCUGGAGCGCAACGAGCUGUCCAACAACAGAGCAGCGACCCCGAAUGAGCUCAAGUAUUCGCAUAAGAACUUGACUUGGACCAAGAACCAGCGUAACUCGGCUUACAAAAGAUAUAGCUCAGCUAAUAUGGAGGGAACUCUUUCAAGGCAGGCAAAGUGUGACCCUGACGGUUUCACCUGCACUGUGGCGCCACAGUACUGGACUUGGGGAAACCAAAUGAACGACUGCAAGAGAUCUCUUCAAGAGGGAGSGCCUCCCAACUACUCGUGGACUCCGAAGCACCCUCAGCUUCAUUCGGAGGGAGCGGACUAUCAGCACAACGUUUACAUUCCCGGAACGCCGUCCGGCUACAGCACGCUGAAGCUGACGCCCAGAGGAGACCUGGACGUCUACAACACCUUCUCCACCUUUGGGAAGAAGAAGAAAUUCAUYUCCAACUACGAGCAGACGUUUGACGCGGACGACGGCGUCAUAAGCAAUUCCAUUUUCAAAUGAGACGGCCGGACUCUUCGAAACUGUCUUACGUUAGCAGCGUUUUUGUAAAAAACGAGAUCCAACUUUUUCUUAGAGACUUUGCUCUUGCCCCAAGCUUGCACACAAGAAUUUAAGUUUUCAGCGGAUCGAUGGCAGAUUUGUACUGAAGUUUAUAUAACUAACGUCUCGCAGGGCAACCCAGUCAUUCUUGAUGCAUAUUGA